AUGGAAAAGCAUACUGAUGUUGACAGGAUUAGCAAUCUACCAUGGGAUGUAUUAGACACAAUUCUUGUCAGCAUGCCGUUAAAAGAAGCUGCAAGGACUAGUAUCUUAUCGCGUAAAUGGAGAUCCAAAUGGACUGGCCUUUCACAGUUCAUUAUUAACGACACAUGUCUCCCCAGUUAUUUAUCAGACAAAGUAGUAAGAUGGAAAGAGAUCAUGAAAAUCAUUCAUCAGGUCCGGUUAAAUCACAGUGGCCCAAUAGAGAAGUUUAAGCUUGCUACUUAUUGCCACCCAAACCAUUCUGAUUUGGAGCAGUGGAUUCAAUUUUUAACAGAGAAAGGUAUCAAGGAGUUGAUUCUGCAGGAGUUUGACAGUGUUAAGCGUUUUAAGUUGCCUUCUUGCCUAUUCUCUUGUCCGCAGUUAAGUUGCUUGGAACUUUAUGGUUGCAUAGUCAGUCUGUCUCCUACAUUCAGAGGUUUUAACUGUCUUGCAAGCCUCCAUCUCACUCACGUUUCCAUUAGCAGUUACACACUAGAAGUUUUAGUUGGUAACUGCCCCGUACUUGAAAGUUUGAUGUUGUUGCACAUUCAUCACCCAUCUUUUCUUAAGAUCAACAGUCUUAAACUUAAGCACCUAAAAAUAGAUUCCAAGUUUGAAGAUAUUUGUCUCGAAAAUGCUCCGCUUCUUUCAAGUGUUGAUAUUCGCUUAAGGAUCAUACCCCAGCGUCCUGAUCAAGUAAAAGCUUGCAAUUUGGUCAGAGUUAUUGGUUGUCUGCAUGGUAUUGGCAAGCUUAUUUUAUGCAGUCAUUUUCUUGAGUUCCUUGCUUAUAAUGAUGUACCAGAGAGACUUCCUAUCAUGCUUGACCAUCUGUUUGCGCUUGACCUAAGGGAAAUCAGAUUUGAGAGCAUAAUGGAUGUGAGGGUCCUGUUUUCCCUGCUUAGUAGCGCCCCAAAUUUAGAGGAACUGAUUAUUUCAGUUGGUCCUUCUAAUGAUUCAAACCCUGUCGUGCAUUUUCUGAAGGCACAGUGCCUAUUAGGCUCGUACUUCUACAAACUUAAAGUUGUGAAGAUAAGAGGUAUAUGGGGCACAACACCUGAGUUGGAGUUUAUCAGGUUUAUUCUUGCUCAUUCGCCGGUGCUUGAGAUGAUGACUAUUGUAAAAUACAGAGGUGAAAGGCUUUCUGAAUCGCUACUUCAGAGAGUUGAGCGGGCUUCAGAACAUGUGAAGAUUAUUAGUUUAACCUUGUAA